AUGGAGAUAAAUUCCACCACACCAACGCCAGAGCUACCUCUCCCAUCCCGCUCCGUACUGUUUGACGAGCAGGCCGUGCCGCCCAAGCUGCGCCUGCUCAUCGUCGCCACCGGCCCACGUGAGACCUCGUGGGCUCACGCCCUCAUCGUCCGCUUGUCCAAAAACCCCGAUAUUGAAAUGCGCGCCGUUGUAGACGAUGUCGUUCCCCGAAUGACCCAGACCAUCAUCACAAUACAAAACAUAAGCUUUGCUGUUGGCCACCCGAAUCGCCCUCAAGACGUCGAAUUUUAUCGUCGGCAGGCCUUUGACCUAGUGGAAUGGGCCCAUAUUCUCAUAUGCUUGCCGCUUGAUGCCGAUGGAAUUGCCAAGAUGCUUGCCGGCAUUGCAGAUACUUUGAUUGGCGAAGUGUUGAGAGGAUGGAGCUCGCAAAAGAGCAUGGUGUUGGUGCCAGGCAUGAGCAAGCCCAUGUGGUCUAAUGCCACAACCAAGGAGCAUCUAGAACGGCUGCAUCUUUCGAGGAAAUGGAUACAAGUCCUUGAGUCCAUUAUCUGGGAUUAUGGAAAAAGUCCCAGUGCGAAACGAGUACCGUGCUGGAACUCGUUCCAUCAGGUGCUACGAAUCAUACAAAAUCGUGCCAGUCUGCUAGGUCUCGGCCGUGAUACUGGCAUCAUUAUGCCAAGUAUAACAAUGCGCUUCAAAGAAGGAGCCAAAUGUCCACAGCUACCGCCCGAAAUUUGGACCUUGAUUCUUGAACAAGCCAACGACUGGGAGCUGGCACAGGCGCUUGGCAUCUAUACGACAUUGCCAACGCCCUCGGCCUGGGUCCUUGAUCCCAAAGAUAGGCUAGACCAUGUCAGAGUCUAUGAGCACGAGCUGGAAAAGACUGCUUUGACCUGUACUACCUCGGCAGUAUGCAAGAAGCUGUCCAAAGCACCAAGUGAAUACAGCCACCUAUCCUCCCUCUUUAUCAAGCUUCUCCUCCGAUUCGAACAUGUAGAAGUGCUCGAGUAUCUCGAGUCCAAUAGGCCUGAUAUGAUCAACGCCCUCGAAGGUACCACGAUACCAACUAAAGCAUCGUCCUUCUUCCCAAGCACGAAGCUGCUUCAUUACUGGAAACACAGCCAAUGGUUCGCCGACAGACACAGCUACGAUGCCGAGGCCGUUGAUGGGGCCUCGCGAUACGGCCAUGUGGAAAUACUGGAUUGGUGGCGGCGGCAGUCCGGACUGCCCCUGCGUUACACCGAGAUGUCGCUGGAGCAGGCCAGUGCCAAUGGGCACAUUGCCGUUCUCCAGUGGUGGCAGGAUGCGGCCCUGCAGGACGAGUCUGUGGUGUUGCGACCAGGGCGCGCUCUGCUAUGGGCCGCUCAGCACGGACGGGCUGAUGUGCUGCAGUGGUGGCACACGUCCAAUAUUGCCGUUGCUUACGGGACCGAUGUGGUCAACACGGCCUGCCAAAACGGACACGUUGAUGUGCUCGAAGCCUGGCGCACGGCAAAGGGAGACAUGCAGAUUCACGUGGACGACGUGGAUGUCAUGUCGGCCACGUCGUAUGGCCAUGCCUUGGUGCUGGAGUGGUUACAUUGCUUCUCCCGUGGGCUCCUGCUGGGCAUGAGCAGCGGCCAGCCCAUUGAGUUUCGCGUCUGUGACAUUCAAGCGUGUCUGCAUCGAAACUCGAGAGAGCAGAGGAGAGUCAGAGCAUGGUGGGCGAAACAUGGCAUAAAGCCAGCGGCGACGGCAAAUGAACGGUCGAGAGACAUUAUGCAUCUCUGA